CCCACUACACAUUCUGGAAAAAAACUUGAAAUACUGAAAUUGAAUGGGAGAUUUCCCCCCAAGCCUAUUUGCAGGAUGGGGAAGGAGGGGCUACAGUUCACAUCAACGACCUCCAACAGGGGAGAAACCAUUUAAAGGUAUGGAGUGCGGAAAGAGCUUUAGUGAUAAUGGAAAACUUAGAACACAUCAACGGACACAUACAGGGGAGAAACCAUAUAAAUGUAUGGAGUGUGGAAAGAGCUUCAGUCAGAGUGGAGACCUCAAUAUACAUCAACGGACUCACACAGGGGAGAAACCAUAUAAAUGUAUGGAGUGUGGAAAGAGCUUCAGUAUCAGUGGAAACCUUAGAACACAUCAACGGAUUCACACAGGGGAGAAACCAUUUAAAUGCCUGGAGUGCGGAAAGUGCUGCAGUCAGAAUGGAGACCUUAGAAAACAUCAACGGACUCACACAGGGGAGAAACCAUUUAAAUGCAUGGAGUGCGGAAAGAGCUUCAGUCAGAGUGGAAAUCUUAGAAAACAUCAGCAGACACACAGGGGAGAAACUGUUUAAAUGUAUGGACUGUGGAAGGAGCUCCAGUCAGAGUGGAACCCUUGAUUUAUGUGAACAAACUCACACAAAACACAAACCUUAUAAAUAUCAGGAAAGUAGAUAAAGGUUCAGUCUUGGUGGAAAUUCUAAAUCAACAGAUUCACGGACAGGAAGAACCCUACA